GGCCUACUGCAUAGUGGAGUUGCAGCUCUUGGAAUACAUUUACACAGACAGGAAGACUUUGAGAAGUGAAGCAGAAUGUAUCGUGGGAGUUUCCCAGGUCAAGAUACCAUCAUCUUGGGCUAAGAUGACGGGGGAUACGGCCCUACAGGCAGAGCCCUCUGGUGGUUGAAUCAUAUAAACAGAUCAUGGUGUUUACACUAAGAGUCGAGUAAGAUGGCAACAUCUACAUUGUUGGUGCUUGUUGUCAUGGUGACGGUUGUGACAUCCAAAUGCCUUAUCGACAGGCCAGAUGUUAAGCCCAAGCGUAACCUGUACCACGGCAGCUCCGAGCUGAACCUGACCCUAGAGGGCAGCACAAGGACAUCCCACCAGCUCGCCAAUACCAUCCUGAAGAUACUUCUUGAAGAGGUGCUCGGGUAUAAAUGGGUUAACAUCAAGGUGGAGGAGGGGAACAUCAAUGCUGAAGCGGUGGUCAGGCGCGUGUCGGGGUUGUCCAACCCAAACUGUUCUAUACCGGACACCAUGGUCAACCUUGAAGUGUGGAUGCUACCUGGGUUCAACGUUGAGGCGUGGGUCAGCAGUGGACACCUCAUUGACUGUGGCCCGCUUGGCCCUCUAGCGCUGUUUGGAUGGUAUAUGUCAUCAUUUACUGUCGACAAGUUCUGGAAAAACAACAAGCACAUUAUCGUCGAUCAUUACCGUAGUCUGAUGCAACCAAACUUCACGCAGCAAUUCAACUAUCAGGAUAAGUUACCAAGGAUAGAGAGUAUGAUGCGCGACCCUAUAACAACACGCUACUACUGCACUGCAGCAGAUUGUGAUAGCGGCAUUUACUACUCAAGUCGGUGUCGCAGUGGUCCAAACGUUGAAAGCUGUGCCAUGUUAUUCUCAGAUUACCCAGCUACGGAUUCAAACAUCCUCAAAAAUCAAAUUGAAAAUUUUGGAUUAUAUGUUAAUAUUGUUUGGCUUGGAUCGCACCUGGCAUCAUUCGUGACGGAGCAGACGGCCUUGAAUCGCCCAAUCCUCUUCUUCAACUGGCGGCCAAACACUUUCACAUCGGGAAAAAACUUCACACGGAUAGCAUUCCCAAUCUGCAUGGAUGAUCAACAAACGGCAAGACCGCUCAAUUGCGACUUUUCCAUCAAUCAGUUAUCGAAGGUUGUGUGGGCGCCAUUAAAGACUAAAGCACCUGAAGCAUUCCAUUUAAUUAAUCAAAUGUCUUUCACAAAUCAAGUCUACCAAAAUCUACUCAAUACUUACAGAGAACAUUCAGAGCAGUUUGUUAUUGUGAAUCGGACGAGAGUUUAUAAUAAGAUUGGUUGUGAGUGGAUACAAAGUAAUGAGCUUAUAUGGACGAGGUGGCUACCGCACAAUCUUUCCAAUAAAACCACGAUUUAUAUUGGUGGUAUGAUAUCCAUGACAGGAACGGCCUACAAGGAUCCCGGAAUAGCUGAAGUUGUUUCCAUGGCCACAGAUCUCAUCAAUAAAAACACGAGCCUGCUGGCAGACUAUAACCUCAAGGUCCUUGUCCAAGAUACCAAAUGUGCCCCCGACGAGGUGAUGAAAGCAUUCAUCAAGUAUGUCACCAACAAAACGCAUCCUAUUGUUGCUGUCCUAGGUCCAGCGUGCUCCGUAGCGACGAAACCUCUUGCCCGUGUCUCCAAGCAUUUUAAUACUACCGUUUUAUCAUAUGGUGCUGAAGCUUUAGAGUUGUCCACAAAGUCAAUAUAUCCUUUGUUCUUCCGAACUGUGCCUAAUUUUGGACAGUACGGCGCCGUAUUCAACGCUGCAUUUAAAGAGUUUGGUUGGAAGCGCGUUGGUAUGAUGGUGGCAGUGGAGCACUAUGCAUUUCUACAACAUGUAUUCAAAACGAAUGGCAUUGAGAUUGUACUUUACUUACAAAUACCGGCCGAGACUCACUCAUUUGAUGCUGAGAUGCACGCCCUAGUUCGACAGUAUUUACGCCAGUUAAAAGAGAAAAAUGUCAAAAUAAUCAUCGGAGAGUUUUACGAUUAUGCGGCACGUUCUGUCAUGUGUGGUGCUCUCAAGUUGGGAAUGACAGCGCGUGAAGGCUACCAGUGGUUUCUGCCCGGCUGGUACGAGAUGGGCUGGUGGGACACGGACCGCUUCAACAAUCCACCUGAGUUCCUAAUCGGGUUGAGUAUCAAGGAAAGUGUGGAGUGUUCAACAAAGGAUAUGCUGAGUGCUAUAGAUGGGUACAUGCUGCUGUCUCAGGCUUACUUUGAUAAGGAUGAGUCAAUUGCUACAGGCACUGGCAACAUCUCGGUCGGUCAGUGGAAGAAGAUGUAUAAACAACGCCUUAAUAAAACGGGGAACUCGUUCAAAACUGUUGGUAACUAUGCUGGCUAUGCGUUUGAUGCUGUCUGGGUCUAUGCCUACGCACUCGAUCGUCUGCUCUCCAAAUAUCCUUCAGCGAUUGAUUCAAUGCGCUUAAAAUACUCCGGGUUGCUCCUGAAAUACAUCAACCAGACUGAUUUCAAGGGCGUGACGGGCCAUCUUGCCUUCAGCGGAGCAGACCGGCCCGGCAUCAUCCUACUCCAACAGUUCUCUGCCAGCAACAACUUGACGACCAUAGGACGCUACGUGCCAGUCACAAAAGGUGGCAAGAUGGAGAUUAAUAAUUCACUCAUCCAAUGGCUGAUGCCGCGUAACGAGAAACCCGACGACGGUACCAUUAGUCCUGAAGUCUGUUCUAUCGAAUCGUUCCGUGCCAUUUUCGGCGUCGACUGUAACAUGGCUAUCGUCAUAGCAACCAUCUUUGGUUUUGGAUCGCUCGUCAUUCUACUCAUAGUGAUCCCAAUCAUGUGCAUUAAGAAAAGGUAUGAUAAGAAGUCCCGAGAAACCCGAGCCCGCAUGAAAGAACUUGGACUGAUGUCUCCAGACGUCGAGUGGCUUAAUCUUGAUGAAUGGGAGAUGCCACGUGAAAAAGUGGUGCUGAAUCGUAAGCUUGGAGAAGGAGCGUUCGGAACUGUGUACGGUGGUGAGGCUUACAUGAUGGCUGGGGCAUCAAUGAUGCAGGGGAGUAACUGGGUGGCGUGUGCUGUGAAGACCCUCAAGGUGGGCUCCUCAUCUCACGAGAAGAUGGAUUUCUUAACGGAGGCCAGUCUGAUGAAAAGGUUUGAAGACAAUAACAUUGUCAAGUUAUUGGGAGUGUGUACACGAGGUGAACCAGCUUACUGUGUGAUGGAGUUUAUGCUUUACGGUGAUCUUAAGACGUACAUGUUGGCGCGUCGCCAGCUUGUCACCAAGUCACCCGAUAAUGAAGAAGUCUCGUCUCUCAGCCUCACCAAGAUGGCACUGGAUGUCAUCAACGGGCUGAAAUAUCUUACAGAUAACAAAUAUGUACAUAGAGAUCUUGCGUGCCGGAACUGCCUUGUUGGUGAUUUGAGGGUUGUUAAAAUUGGUGACUUUGGUAUGACGCGUCCAAUGAUCGAGACAGAUUACUACAGAUUUAGCAAAAAAGGGAUGCUUCCAGUUCGUUGGAUGGCUCCAGAAAGCCUCAGUGAUGGGAUUUUCACGCCUCACUCUGACAUCUGGAGCUACGGCAUCCUACUCUAUGAGAUUCUGACGUUCGGUAGCUUCCCAUAUCAGGGCCUUUCAAACAAUCAAGUUCUGGAAUAUGUCAAGAAUGGCAACAAGUUGUCCAUACCACUAGCUUGUACAAAAGAAAUGCAGGAUCUAAUGGAAGCAUGUUGGCGAUUUGAUUUUCCCGACCGGCCAACACCAGAUGCAAUAAGAGAUUACCUGACAGAGCGGCCACAACUCAUCAAGCCAUGUUUGGAUACGCCAUCGUCUGCUGUCGUAAUCGAGGGCACGGACUCUUUAGAAUUUGCUCUUCCUUCGACACGGAAACACACAACGACCAGUCGUAGUUUCUCAGGAAGUGCUGCUGCUGGACUACUCACCGUUAACCCAGCUGAGAUUGCCAAAUUAAUCGCAAAAAAUGAAGACAGUACAACCGUGACGCGGAGUAAUUCAGGGGAUUCAUUCACGGCCGAGGAAAAUGUGGGGUAUGUGACGAUAGGCACGCCCGACCCGGUAGGGUCAUGUGAUCAUUUGAACCACUCGAAGGAGUUUAUCUCAGGGUCCAGAGAACGAGUGACGCGGCAUUCGAUACCAAAGUUAUUUGGGUCGAAAGAUAAAAUCCCCCCUUUGGUUAACCGUGACACAAAACCAAAGGAGAUUUUGAAACAUUUAGAGAAUGAUCGGAAAAACCAUGUGGGCAACAAUGUACAUAUGUCGGUGCAUUAUUCAAGUCUGCCACUCGAUAAUGGCGACUGCGGGCGGGAACAGUUGACGCAAGUCUAGCGAUCAAGGAUAACGUAUCUGUGUGCUGCUGUACAACGACCUACUAGUUGAUAUGAGACAGACUUCUAAAACCAGGAGAUACUUUCACUACUCACUAUUCACUGAGAAGUGGCUAACUAAUUCACGUUUGCAUUUGUUAGAAAAUCACUGGAGAUAUCAUUCGUGUACAAGAACUUUUGGAUAUAUUUUAAGUCUCAUGUUAGGAUAUCGCUGGAUGUAUAUCUUAAACUUGGAUAUAUCUGUAUGGGUUUAUUUUGCAUUAGGUUUUAGAUAUCUGGAUUAACCAGUGCUUCUUCAGCCAGUGUGUUACCAUGACAACAGUUGCUCAGUUGCCAUGGUUGCAUAAGUUUCCAUAGCAUUUUCUGUUGCUGAAUUUCAGAAUUUGAGAGAUAUUUUAAACUAAUCGUAUUGUUGUAGUGCCAAAUUUGGUACUCAUGUUGGUUAUUCGUUUUGGUGCAUACCAUGUAUACCUCAGGCUCAGGUAGUGUGGGCACAGGACUUAAAUAAUUCAUGUAAUUCAUUCCAGAAGUAGCUAGCCUACAUAUGCCAAAGUUGUACUGUAGUUUAUGGUAUCUGGAAAAAACCCAUCUUAUAUUAUUUUAAAAGGGCCAUUUGUUCGAUUCACUUAAGUGUGUUGUGUUUGCUGAUUUUGCGAAUAACCUGGAUUUGCGAAAAAAACUAUGGCAAACAUAAGCUUUUUUUAUUCGAACAACGAAAAGCAAGUUUGUAAUUUGCAAAAAAAAGUCAUGUAAAUCUUGAUUUUCAUCAGGAAUUUUUUCCAAAAAUUUGGUGGUUUCAUAGUUUCAAAGGAACAUUUUUCAACCACAAGGUUGUUGGGGGGGGGGGGGUUAUUUUGAGUUUUCCUUCUUCUCUUAUCAGUAUGCAGUAUUAUUAUGAUUUAUUAUUUAUCCCAAGUCACCUUUUGAAGCAUUUUUGCAUUGUGACCAUCAUGACAUCACACCUUGUGUGGUUUGAGAAAUGUUUACAGAAAGCGACAGGUACAUUUUUUUAACGAAACAUUUGAAACUGGAUUUAACGGGCCAUGAUCGUUUUCUUCAGUCUUGAGAAGUUGGUGGGCUGGUUUCUCUAAGCUUUGACUUGAAAUAUCACUAGUAUUUUUGUAAUCACACUCGUAUCCACUCGGGGCUGGGGGCUGGGGCACCCUAGGGUUAAAGUUUGUACAUUGUCAGUAACAAGUUAUAGCUAUAACAUAUUAUUAUUGCUAUGUGCAUUGGCUGUACAAUUGGAGAGGGUGUAUAUGUAAGCAUUUAUUCCAUAUUGGGAAGGGCAAAGCCAAUAUCUUCCAGAUUUGGUAUGGAGAUGAGUCGGUGUGAUUCUCUGUGGCUUAACACAAUCGUAAGUCAAAAUCUCGUGGCAGCAUAGAAGUUUGAAACCAUGUGUUGUGUAGAUCAUUGAUGUUUUGAAAUGACCAAAUAGCACACCGGCUUUAUUGUUUGAUUGUUCAGCCUGUUUUUGUCUCGCGUUCGGUUUCAAUUUACUUUCUCCGGCUCACAGGUGCACUCUGCUAUUCAGAUCUAUAAGAUUGACAAUAAGGUUGGUCAGUGGUGUGCACGACACAUGAUUUUGAUGAUACUGUGUCGACUUGUUUAAGUUGAAGAGGCACUCCUGUUCCACACAGGCAAAAUAGGCCUUUUUACAGGCGUCCCUCAAACAGCUUAAAUCACGUCGACACAGCAUGUUUAUAAGAGAGGUGUAUAUACUUCAGAAUUCUUGGUGCUACCAGUUUAUUUAUUGUAGAAAUAGUUACUCACUGUGCUGAUAGAUACCGCUUGGUUAAAUGCCGUGGUGACUCAAGUUUGUCAGGUAGCAAUUGAGAUUGUAUGUGUAGAUAUGGAUUUUUUUGAUUAACCUCGGAGCACAGGCAGACGGAAAACAGUUUUAGGAUCUGUCUUUUUGGUUUUGGGUAAAAUGCUUUGAUGUGUUUGUUAGGAGUUGGUGCGGAUCCAAGACUGAGCUUGUUAGUCACAUGACCUAGGCCGUUGUGACAUGUGGAUACUGGACAGUUCAACAGCAAAGUUGUCUGUGAUGUCAUCCGUGUGUAGUCGGUUUCGCAUGCCUGUGAGUGGUCUUGCAUUGAUGUAGUAUCAUCAUUUUGGCUCCAAUGGUCAUGUAUUUCUGUCCAAUGUACUCCUGAAGAACUGUAUUUCAUAUUCUUGUACAAAGGGAUUCUCUAGCAAGAAGCAAUGCAACUGUUUGUAAGGAUAUAUGUAAAGCAACUUAAAAACACGCAAACAUUGAUCGAUGGUGCAAACAAUUUUAAUCUGAUGCUUUUCUCAUUAGGAAAUAUAUAUUUGGCAGAAAUUAUUGCUGAAAAGUAUAUUUUCUCUGGGUUGUGAAAAUCAAGGGAUUAGGGAAUAGGCCUUGUCUGAUUGGCCAUGAAUAGGCCUUGUCUUUUCAGAAAGCAAGGAUCGAAGAGAACUGAGUGUACAUAUGUAAUUUAGAUUUGUCUGUUGUUUUCUCCUUUUAUGUUUUGGCUGGACAGAGAAAUAGGAAUAAUUUCUCAAUGUUUAACACUUUGAGAUCGAACUUAACCAUAAAUGUGAAUAUUGACUUCUGCUGUGUUUUGUUGGACCAGCUGGUGCAUGUUGAAAGAGGGUAAAGGGGACAAGAGACAAGACCACCAUUGAAUAUUCAUAGGUUGGAGGAUCCAGACCUAUCAAUCAGACACGAGUAUGUUUUUAACUGUCAUGUGCAUAUUUGGAGUACACGCUAGAAGAAAAUUAACCAGCCCCAACAAAGAGCUUGCAAUCGAACUUUGAAAACAUUUAAAAAUGUAUUUUCUGCAUUUUAUUUCAAUUGAGCAUUGCCCAGGAUGCACCUCAAUUGCCGCCGUGUCUUGAUAUUGAAGCCUGGACAGGCCUAUAACAGUUGUUUUCUGGGUAAGCUACCGAGAGCGAGAAUUGAUAAAGACUAGUCGUUAUUCAUUCUUGUCGAGAGGUGUGAACAUUUACAGUUAACUCUCUGAUUUGUGAACAUUUUGCGAUCAACCUUGUUUUGUGGAAAUGAGGUAAUAUUAUCUCUCAAUUGGACAACCUUGUAAAGUUUGUAAAAUUCUGAGUUUGGCAGUUCUCAGCAAUCUUUAGACUGGGGAAUAGUGAAGAGAUAUAAUUAUUCCUAUUACCUCUGAACAGUCUCUUUGUUAACCAUGAUAAUCUGUGAUCCUUUCCUGAUAAUGCAGCCAAGUUGAAAUAUUUUCAAAUUGUUGCAAGUAUUAAAAAUAGUGUAUUAUGUUGAA